CCACCUGGCAACCUCCGCCAGCCUGCUGUCUCUUUCUGCGUACGCACUUUGCGUUGGUCGGCGGUGAACACACACAGACAUCAUGGCGGACGUGUUGGAUCUUCAUGAGGCGGGAGGAGAGGACUUUCCUAUGGAUGAGGAUGGUGAUGAAAGCAUCCACAAGUUGAAGGAGAAGGCCAAGAAAAGGAAAGGACGAGGCUUUGGCUCAGAGGAAGGAGCCCGGUCCAGAAUCAAGGAGGACUAUGAUACCGUGGAGCAGGACGGGGACGAGCCAGGCCCUCAGAGAUCUGUGGAGGGCUGGAUCCUGUUUGUGACAGGUGUACAUGAGGAGGCCACAGAGGAAGACAUCCAUGACAAGUUCUCAGAGUUUGGGGAAAUUAAGAACCUGCAUCUCAACCUUGAUCGCAGAACAGGCUACCUCAAGGGAUAUGCACUGGUGGAGUAUGAGACAUACAAAGAGGCCCAGGCAGCCAUGGAAGGGCUCAAUGGUCAGGACAUGAUGGGCCAGCCUAUCAGCGUUGACUGGGGAUUUGUCAGAGGGCCCCCCAAGAACAAGAGGAGGACUGGCGGACGGAGGCGCAGCAGAAGUCCAGACAGGAGGCGGCGUUGAGUUUGGCAGUUGUCAUUGGCCAGAGGAGUUGUCCGUCACUUUGACCGGCAGUUUAUAAUCCUCUCAUCCUCUCAUAAGAAGCUCAUUUCAGAGUUUUUGUACAAUAUUUUGUAACAGUUGUUAGGACAUGUAGCUGUGCAGUUUCAGAUAUUGAGACGGAAAACUUUUCCUCUUGAUAGAUGACUCGCUAAAGAAUAAAUUGGCCAACAAUUUUUGUCAACUGCUUAUCCUAAUUAAAGCAACAGAAGAAUGUCCAGCUCAGCUGGUGGUGGAACUAGGUUUUUACUUUAACACCUACAUGAUUGUUGUUUGUCAUUCCCUCAAAAUGUUGUUUCAGUUUUGCUCAAUAUAAUUUGAAUUUUAUUGUGUUGAAGUGUGUUUUUGUUUUAUAUUACUUGGGGAAAAUUAAACUUUUUAAAAGGUGAA